AUGGAGACAGAGCCCUGCACUGGAGAGCAAGAGAAGCGGGUGGUGGAGACCAAUGAGCCAGAGUUGAAGGAGGCCUACACAAAUCCUGGUGACAAGGACAGUCAGAAAGAGAAGGAACUGUCCCAUGGGCCUCAGCAGGAAGAUACGGAGCCCCAUGGGGAGGGAGACCCCAGGAUAGAAUGCCAGGGUGGAGGGAAUGCUGGCACUACAUUAAACACCCUCCCUAUCCCAGAGAAGACAGAGACCCCCUGUGUGGAAGAGAGGAAGCUGAAGAAGACCCCAAGUUUUGCAAAAACAGUGAGGUUCAGCGAGAUAGAGUCUGUGGAGGACAGGGAGAGCUCAGAGGAGUGUCUCUUCCCAGACCAUGAGAUGGUGCAGUGGAUCUCCUCCAGCUUUGAGGAGCUGUUCCUGUCUGAAGACUGGGAGGACAUCACAGAUGACCGGCUGUUGAGGAAGAAGGUGCUGGCGCCUGGCCCCCAGAAAGCUGAGCACCCAGCCUGGGGUCAGGAGGUCACAGUCAAAAUGCAGGGAGUGCUGGAGGAUCGGAGUGUGGUGGAGAAAGACCGUAAACUGGUGUUUGUCAUCGGAGAGGGAGAUGUCAACCAGGCCCUGGAGGAGUGUGCUAUAGCCAUGCAACAGGACGAGAUCACAUUACUGUUGGCAGAUUCACAGUACACCUAUGGACUUCUGGGAAGGGAGCCUGAUAUUCCAGCCUGGGCCCCCUUACUCUACCAGCUACAACUCCUGAACAUCAGAGAGAAGCCCGACCUCCUGAUUCUCCCCAUCUCUGACCGUAUACGCAUCGGCAACCAGAAACGAGAGCGGGGGAACUUCCAUUUCCAGAGGGAGGAGUACAGCAUGGCUGCCAGGGCCUACUGGAUGGCUCUGGACGUCCUUACUACACGCACUAAAGAUGGUGGAAGUGCUGUGCUGGUGGAGGGGGAGGAGGUGCAGGACUACCGGGUGAAGUGUCUCAACAACCUGGCAGCGGCUCAGCUGAAACUGGAGCAGUACGACGACGCACUACACACCAGCCGGGAUGUUUUGUCCCUGGACCCACAAAAUGUCAAAGCCCUCUUCAGGACAGGAAAGCUUCUGUCAGACAAGAGCGAGUAUGGUGAGGCCAUGGAGAUACUGAAGAAGGCUCUGAAACUGGAGCCGUCUACCAAGGCCAUCCAUGUUGAGCUGUCAAAGCUAGUGAAAAGGAAAUCAGGAGGCAAAAACACCCAGAAGUGGCAAGCCAAACCUGCCCAGCUCCUUGGAGACAAUAUUGCCCCAUUUCUGACUCCUUCUAACAAGAAGCCACCUGGAAUUUCAUGGAAGUUCCUGCUUGGUGCUCUGGUGGUGGCCUUGGGCAGUUUAGUGACGUCAGUGGUUCUGACUGCAAGAAACUGACGUCCUCUGCAAAGGAACUGUCCAGCUCAUGAAUAGUAAACUGACUUGUGUCUGCUGUGAAUAAUAAAUAAACUGCACUGAACUAUGGAAAAACCUGUAUCAACGUUCACUGACAUACUGUAGCAGCACUGACAUUUGCACCACAGAUUGUGUUUAUUUAAGUGUAACAGAGUAAACUAAUGGCACUUCUUCCGAAGAAUGUAUGCAAUGUCUUUAAAAAAAAUUUUUUUUAUAAAACAGCUUUGUGAUGGAAUCCAUUUUAGUACAAAACUCAGACUGGAAUAGUCACAUGGUCAAUGUCUUGUAUGAAUGAGGGGCUUCUGUAAUAACAGGAUAUAUGUGUCCCAAUAAACUAUGUCAAUGGAAAAUCGAAUAAAUAAAAGUGUACCGUCUGUUGAUACAGAA